CCGUGACACUCCCUCAUCAGGUAUAAAGGUGAGAUUAUUCCUGGCUCACAGAGAGACAAGCUGCUUCCUACACCAGUUCUAGCCUCCGUCCGCCGUUUUAUCCUUCCACUCGUCACCAUGAGGUCUCUGUUCUGUAUGGGGGUCACGGCGAUCCUCUGUCUCCUGCGUAUAGAAGGGGGCGUUGUUUUUGGAGGUAUAGUUCAAAGAAACCCUUCCCUUGAAGCGAAUGAAACAAGUACAAGUUCUGCGAACACAGCCAUAACAACGAGUAACGCCACAGGAAUUAUGACGACCGUCUCAAAUAUGACAACAAGCAACAUGACAACUGUCCCUGUGACAACUAGUAACAUGACAACAGCUUCCAUGACAACAAAUAACGUGACCAACAACAUGACAACUGCGCCCAUGACAACGAAUAACGUGACCAACAAUAUGACAACAGCCUCCAUGUCAACUACAUCCGGGAACUCGAGUAUGCCAAUGACGUCAGAAGGACCUUUGUCGUCACCUACGAAACCCCAGACUUCUACCACAAAAACAACCACUACGACAACUGCUCCUAAGACUUCUAAAUUUAGCGGAGCCUCGUUUGGAGGAGGAAUAGCUCUCGGUGUUGUUCUUGCCGCUAUUCUUUCUUUUGGAAUAUAUAAAUAUAAAAGUCGGAAUGCGGGAUAUUCCCGGUACUGAAUAAUGUGAAAUCUCAAUUACCUCAAGUCCAAAAAA